AUGAUUCUCCUCAUCAUUUCCGUCUUCCCUCUGAUUCCUCUACGUGCACAUUACACGUUCGUCGUCUAUCGGCAUACAGAUUAUCAUUAUGAUUCUCUUUCCGUCUUGUCAAUCAUUUCCGUCUUCGACAUGCUCUUAUUCCUUUACGUGCACAUUAUUCCUCUACUUUCGUCGUCUAUCGACAUGCAGCUUACACUUAUGAUUCUCCUCAUCAUUUCCGUCUUCCCUCUGAUUCCUCUACAUUAUCAUUACACGUUUCGUCGUCUCUCGAAUCAUUUCUCGUCUUUGUCUCUGAUUCCUCUACGUGCACAUUACACUUUCGUCGUCUAUCGACAUGCAGCUUAUUCUCCUCAUCAUUUCCAUCCUGUCUGUGAUUCUCCUCAUCAUUUCGUCGUUUCGACAUGCAGCUCUGAUUCCUCUACGUCUUCCCUCUGCACAUUACACGUUCGUCGUCUAUCGACAUACAGAGAUUAUCAUUAUGAUUCUCUCAAUCAUUUCCGUUUGUCUCUUUAUUCCCUUUACGUGCACAUUACACUUUCGUCGUCUAUCGACAUGCAGCUUACACUUAUGAUUCUCCUCAUCAUUUUCUCCUGUCUUAUGAUUCUCCUCAUCAUUUAUCGAUUUAUCUCUGAUUCCUCUAUUUACACUUUCGUCGUCUAUCGACAUGCAGCUUACACUUAUGAUUCUCCUCAUCAUUUCCGUCUUCCUCUGAUUCCUCUACGUGCACAUUACACUUUCGUCGUUUAUCGACAUGCAGCUUAUCAUUAUGAUUCUCUCAUCAUUUCCGUCUUCUACUCUUUACACUUUCGUCGUCUAUCGACAUGCAGCUUUACUCCCCAUCAUUUCGUCGUCUAUUUUAGACAUGCAGCUUACACUUAUGAUUCUCCUCAUCAUUUUCCUCAUCUUACACUUAUGAUUCUCCUCAUCAUUUACGAUUUUUCUCUCAUUCCUCUACGUGCACAUUACACUUUCGUCGUCUGUCGACAUGCAGCUUACACUUAUGAUUCUCCUCAUCAUUUCCGUCUUGUCUCUGAUUUCUCUACUCUUUCGUCGUCUAUCGACAUUACAUUCUUUCGUCGUCUAUCGACGUGCAUGCAGCUUCGUUAUGAUUCUCCCUCAUCAUUUCCGUCUUGUCUCUGA